CAAUCCUGAGUUCAAUUCGCUUUUUCUUCUCUCUUUUGCUUAACAAAUUCAAGCUCUUCCAUUUUUUUUUAUGUAUAGCAUUAGCUACUCAAUCUAAGUUCACCUUGACUCGAUUCAGCUGGAUUUUUCAAAAUUUCUAACUUCAUCAUUCAAUUCACUUCAAUUCAGCUCGACUCAGCUUGGUUUGGUUUUAUUCUCUCUUUUACUUAACAUUAACAAACUCAACCCCUUUAAAGAUUUCUAACCUUGUACUCAAUCCACUUCAGUUCAACUCGAUUUUGUUUUAUUCUCUUUUUUUACUUAACACACUCAACUUCUUUCAAAAUUUCAAGACUCUACUCAAUCCAGUUAAAUUCAGUUCGGCUCGGCUUGACUUGGCUUGGCUCACAAUAAAUUCCCUAAUUGUCCUUUUGUCAUUUCCUCUUACUACUACUAACCAUAUCAGAAGUAAAUACUAUCCAUUAUUAACUUGUACCUAAUAAUAAAUUCAUAAUAACUUCACAAAACUGUUUUUUUCCUCCCUAUUUCAAGAAUCAAUCUUUUUCUAUUCACCUUAAAAAAAAGGGAUUCUUGAUUUAAUUCCAUUUUUUUCAAACCCCACUAUAAGAUCUGAGUAGAAAACCCUAGAAGUGCAAAAAAUAACAUAAAAUGGAUUUUGUCACAACACAAGGAAAUAAUUUCACUACAUCUGGUAACAACAUGGUUCAAGGUACAAACUUUAUUGCCAAGAGUACUACCAUGACUGCAUCCUCGGUUCCUCCAUUGAGUCGAUAUGAGAAUCAGAAACGUCGCGAUUGGAACACGUUUUGCCAGUAUGUUAGGAACCACCACCCCCCUCUUUCACUUCCUCACUGUAGUGGUGGACAUGUCUUAGAAUUCCUCAGAUACCUGGACCAGUUCGGAAAGACCAAAGUCCACAACCAAAAUUGUCCAUUUUUUGGGCUACGAAAUCCACCAGCACCUUGCCCUUGUCCAUUAAGGCAAGCAUGGGGGAGUCUUGAUGCACUAAUUGGUAGACUUAGAGCUGCUUAUGAAGAAAAUGGUGGGAAGCCAGAAAUGAAUCCAUUUGGAUCAAGAAAUGUGAGGCUAUUUUUAAGAGAAGUGAGGGAUUUUCAAUCUAAAUCAAGAGGGGUUAGUUAUGAAAAGACAAGGAAGAGGUCAUCAUCAUCAACAAAUAAUAAUAAGCAUAAAAUAAAAGUGGUGGUUGAUAAUGGUGAUUGUAAUACGGGUGCAACUUUCCGCGGACACACAAAUAUUGGUAAUAAUAAUUGAGAGUGAUUGUGUAGAUGGGAGUCAUGGUGAUCAAGGGGUUCAGAUUGCAAAAACAAUAGCUUACAAAAAUGUAAGAAUGAAGUUGCGUAUAUAAGAUCCAAUGUGAUUGAUUUGCAUUUUCCCAAAUUUAGCUUGUGUUGUGGGAGCUUAGUGUACUGAAAUACGUGCCUUUUUAUUGAGUAAUUGUGUAGUUGAAAUUAGGGUACAAUAUAGUGUUAGAAAAACUAUGGUACGUAGUUAUAUAUA